AUGAUCUAUCAGCAAAGCUUUGAAGCCAUCCAUCAAAUUCUCGGCAAGGAUCAGGCGCGUGCGUGGAAACAGACGCUGAAGACUUCAUUCCUUCAAAGCCACUGGCUCCUUCCCUAUCCACAUGGUCAUGGGUUCAUGCGCAAGUCCAAGGACACGGGGCAGGAGCCUGGAAAGCUCUUACCGGCGGAGUAUAUUCAACACCAUCCUACUACCAGCUGGGGUCACUUCUAUCCCGAUCACCGGUACAUGGAGCGUGGCAUGGAACCGGAGAUGGAUCUUGUUCGGCUUUCUGACGGGGAUUUAUAUGAGAAGUUGGUACAGAUUGCCGAUCGCUUUUCCCAGAAUCCUGAGGCCUCAGAGUGGAAGAAAAAACCGGAGCCCACUCAAUUCUACUUUUGUGCUACUAUUGGAGAUGAGUCUGUUUUAAAGGCCCAGCAGAAGCUCCACGGCACGCUAGCACAAAAGCUCUGCAUGGAAAUCAUUCAAUUACUAGAUGAGUAUGAGGUCUUAUUACAUUCAGGGCGCAUUCUUCGGCCCCGGCCGCGGCGCAGACAAGCAGGGCCAUCCACUACACUGAAUCCAGAUGAUGAGUUCACAUCAGAUGAAGAGUCUAUCCCCAACCAACAAGAGUAUUUGGCCACCCGGAUCCUGGCACUUGAACCCCAGAUACAUGAGGCAGUGGCUGCGGAGAGAGUCCAGUGGCAGUAUCCCCUACUCCAUAGGGCUCAUCUCAAACAAGUCGAGCCACGACUGCGGCGGUUGAAAAUCACCCAAAGUCUGGGUACUGAAUAA